UGACAGCAACAGCUUAGAGUCAAUGUCCACUUGCCAGCACAGCUGGCCGCAGUUCUUUAGGAGUUAGUAUGGACAUUUCCUAUUGACACACUCCUGUUAAAACAACAACCAUGGCUUUUUCACAGACAUGCAAAAUUCUGUGGGUUACAGGCAUGGUUUUUGUGAUUUUACCUCACUUCAGUUUGGGAUUGUUGUCUGACUACAAGAUAUGUGGAGAUACUGAGUGUGAAAGCCUGUUGAGCAGAGCGCAGGCCACCAGGGACCACCGGGGCAAGGACUGUCGUUUCCUGAGCUUCAGACGAGGGGAAAUCAUUUUUGUUUACCAAAAACUGACUGGAAAGAGAGAAGACCUCUGGGCAGGCAGCAUUAACAAACAGUUUGGCUAUUUCCCAAAGGAAGCGGUGCAAGAGGAGCAGGUUUACGCUACGUUGGAGAAAGUAGUGGAAACUCAGAAAUCCGAUUUCUUCUGCAUUGAUGAAUCUGGUUACCUCAUUGACUCCAGUCAUUUGGACGAUGAUGCUGACAAUGAUCAGAAAAGCCAGGUGUCAGAAACCACCCAAAGAGCUACAUUUUCCCGUGACACAAGCGCUGAAAGUACUUCGACAUCUCCAGUAUCGGUAGAGGACACACCUGCAAAAGAGGAGGAAAGCAAAAGUGCUGGCGACGCAGCUUCUAGGACAGACGAGGGAGCGCGAGAGACUCCGGCGGCUCCGGGGGAUCAAGGUGGGUCUGCCCCCUCUUCUUCCUGGCUCGGUUCCUCAGUGACAGGAUGGUUAGGUCUGGCGGAGGAGGAUGAAGCCGGCAGUUUGGCAGAAGGAGGAAAGACAGAAGAGACGACAGAGAACGGGGCCGAUGCUUCUGCCGCCUCUAGCGUGACAGAAUGGCUGCGGUUGGGCGGAGAGCGAAAACCUGAUGACGUCUUGAAAAGUAGAGAAGCGAACACAGAAAAUGCUGAUUCUUUCACAGCAACCAUGACUGGGUGGCUCGGCUUUGGAGGAGAGACGAAAACGGUAGAAAAAGGGCAAGAUGACGAAAGAGAAGAUGACAAAGAACAAGCAGAGAGAUUCAGGAGUAGAAGGAUGUCACUGGAUCUAGAAGGAAGCCAAUUGCACGAAGAGGAGAAGAAAGAGAGCGGGACAUUGGGUUGGCUGGGAAGCGGACUGUCGAGCACGCUGAGGUUCGGCCUGACCACUCAGGACUCAGAGCUCAAGUCAACACCUGAAAGAGAGGCCAUAGAGACAGACCAGGAGGAGGAGGAACAACUGGCUCCCGGUUCUUGGUUUGAUGUGGGGAUCAAGGGCAUGUUAGGCUUCGGAGAAGACAAGAGGGAAGUUGACGAGAGCGCAGAAAGUGGUCUUAAGGAGACAGAAGAGAACAAAACCUUUGAGCAUUUGACAGACUCAGAGAACUUGGAUAUCAGUCAAUCUCAACGUGCACUGACAGGGGAGGUAGGGACAGAGACUAGUAAUGAAUCAAAAGUGGGGGAAACUACACAAGACCAAAAUGUCCAAUCAGAGAUCCGAGUCCAUGCUGAAAACAACGACGUUGGUUCUUCAGACACCAAGAAACAUGUCUCCACUGAAGAUGCAGCCACCAUGGUCGACCUCAAAGAUGUUUCUCCUCAGACCGAUUUAGAGAAACCUUUCCAGACUGAGGGCGGAUUGUCUUUAAUGCUCAAGAGCAGUAAGGAAAAAGAGGAAGACAAUGUUUCAGAAAAUCUCAAGACUGAGAAACCUACAGAAUUAAGAUUAAUAGAAAACAAGGCUGAGGCUGAGGGUAAUAACAGAGAGGCAGGAGGAGACGACAGCAAAACCGCAAGGGGCAAUGAUCAGGAUGUUUAUACACUAUCUGGCACCAACUUUGGGUCUGACUCUAGUUCUUUGGUUUUGAAUUUAAACUCCGAGGGGCAAUCUGUGGACAAUUUUGAGGACAUAACAGGAGAUGCGGUAGAGGAAGGGGACGAGAAUCCAAUUCCGACGGCUGAUGAUAGAGCAGAACAACGUCGAGUCAGAGGAGCGAGCGGCGGAGAGAUUCGGCCUUCGUUGUCUUCGGGCGCAGUUGAGGAGAGCCAUGAACCAGUCUCCAAUGAGGAUGGACCUCUACUUGCGCACAGUGUAGGAGACAAUGGUGAUAGUUUAGAUUCACUAGCUGUGAUUGAUAGCCCAGAGACAGAGACACUUCUGGGUGACACAGGAGAGGCGGGUGAGACUAGGGAGGGCAGCUCUCAGCAGUUUGGAUUGUUGCGUUCUACCAAUAAAAGUAAGGACAUUAGCUAUGAAAAUGCCUUAGAGGAGGACAGAAGAAAGCUUUCCACCAAUGAAAGUGCAACACAGAUAGAGAACACGAGUGCAGUUCGGGAGUCCGUGUCUCCACAUUUGCCACAGCAGGCCAUUCAAAGUGUUGGUGAUGAACACAAGUUAGAGAAAACUAUUCCAGAAACUCAGGGCGAAAAAAAACGCCAGCCUGUUCAGAGCGAGACAAUAGAGUCCGAGAUAUAUAAUUUGAAUGAAAGUGGUCUCAAGUCAGCUAUAUUCUCUCGAAAAGAGACUCAGACUGAGAAAGUGAGGUCAAAGGAAGAGGAAAAGGAGGAGAGUGAAGAGUUGAAGGGUGAGGGGAAACAGCAGAAAGUGAAAGAAAUAAAGGAAUACGACAAAGAGAAGGAAGGGCAGAAGAUAAAAGAAGAGGAGAAAAAGGAGGAAGCAAAGGAGUCAAAGGAAGAGAAGAAACAAGAGGAAGGGGAGAAGAUAGAGGAAGAGGAGGAACAGCAGGAAGCAAGGGAAACAGAGGAAGAGAAGAAUCAAGAGGAAGGGGAGAAGAUAGAGGAAGAGGAGGAAGAGGAGGAACAGAAGGAAGCAAGGGAGGCAGAGGAUGAGAAGAAACAAGGGGAAGGGAUGAAGAUAGAGGAUGAGGAGAAACAGAAAGAGGAGGAGAAGACAAUGGAAGAGGAGACACAGGAUGAAGUGAAGGAGACAAAGGAAGAGAAGAAACAAGAGGAAGAGAAGAUGAUAAAGGAAGAGGAGGAAGAGGAGGAACAGAAGGAAGCAAGGGAGGCAGAGGAUGAGAAGAAACAAGGGGAAGGGAUGAAGAUAGAGGAUGAGGAGAAACAGAAAGAGGAGAAGAAGACAAUGAAAGAGGAGACACAGGAUGAAGUGAAGGAGACAAAGGAAGAGAAGAAACAAGGGGAAGAGAAGAUGAUAAAGGAAGAGGAGGAAGAGGAGGAACAGAAGGAAGCAAGGGAGGCAGAGGAAGAGAAGAACCCAGAGGAAGGGAAGAAGAUAGAGGAAGAGGAGAAACAGAAGGAAGGCAAGAGGAUAAUGGAAGAGGAGAAACUGACGGUGAUGGAGGACUUAAAGGAACAGAAAAGUUGGGCGGAGAAAGAUAAUUUAAACGGAGAGGGAGAGAAGGGUGAGAUGGGUGAGAGAGAGAAGAAGCAGGAGGUGUCAAGGAGAGCAGAGGAACAGGGUGACGUUAAGGAGUUAAAGCCAGAAGGGAAGCAGCAGGAGAUAGAAGAGUUCAAAGAGGAAAGGGAGGUAGAAGACAUUGAGGAGCAGGCGAGAGACAAAGAAAAGGUCAUGGCCGAAAUAAGAGAGGAAGAGGUCGAGGAGAUGGAGAACAUGGAGGAAGAGGGGAUCGUUAAAUGUUCAAAAGAGCUUUGCUCUGAAGCUAGCAAAGAUGGAUCUGUGCAGGACAGGGAUGAAAAUGAUUCUGCGAAUGUGUUAAACUCAUUAAAGGAAGGGAGAGUGGCGACAGGACAGCAAAAUCCAGUAGCCGACAAUGAUCAAACAUUAGCAGACAGGACAGGAGCCAGUCAGCCAGUACCAGUUGAAGGUGUGGAGAACGACGAGGAUGUAAUAAAAGUGAAGAAAGAAAAGGAUGAGAAUAAAGAUGAUGGUGCCAUGGCAGAUGAAGAGAAAAACAAUGAUUUGCCACAUUCAGGUGAGAGUACUAAACCACUUUCACUUGGCCAGACAACUCAGAACACAGAAUAUGAUCAGCGACUUUCCAGUGAGGCCCACAACACAGAGCUUCAAUACACUGAAACCAUCAGCAAUGGGGUUUCAGCUGAGAAGAAAACCGAGCAAGUGCUCUCUGAUCACAAGAUAGUAACAGAGGUGCACACUGACAGGGAGGAGAACGCAAAGCAUGGCGAUUCCAGGACAGAUGGAGUGGAAGAAGUUCCUGUUUUGUCUGAAGAAUCCUCUCCGUCCGAUGGUCACAAUGUGGGGACAUCAAGAGAGACUCCAAGUGGAGGAGCGUUCGGCCUUUUCAAAAGCACCAUUAGCUUUUUCGGAUCCCCCGUCACCAAAACCGAGGGGCCUAACGAGUCCACACCAAGUUUGGGCUCAAACACAGGCGAGCCAACCGAUGAACAAGCCCCUCCCCCUCCCGAACAGGAAGUGGAUACAACCCACGAUUCGAAUCAGGUUAACGGACAACAUUUGCACUCUGACUCUCCCGUCACCGUGUCACUGCCGCGGCCUUGUCCUCCCCUCGCGGAGGCCCGGCGAUCCCCUCCGUCCCCAACGCAGACCCCUUCUCACCCCGUGGAAAGCCCCCUCCAGACUAAAACCCCCAACAAACACAACAAGAGCCUCCUAGGCCACAUGAGCGCAGAGGAGGCGACCAUCCUGACGGAUCUCUUUGGCCGACACAAGCUGCAGUUUUUGGACUACACUUUAGGGGGCGCGGGAACCGAGGCCAAUCACCCCGAUGGCGAUGACGCGAUAUUGUUGGAUAUAGAGAGACUUCUGGGUCAUUACAGAGAGGCACUGGUGGCUCCCAGCAUAGGGCUGGCGGACGCACCGCUGGAGGACAUGGAAAAGACCAGAACGCUCAUCGCACUUCAGAAGCUAGAAACGCUGCUGGCAAGAGUAAGGGAGACUUUCAGCACAGCCAGGGACAGCUCGGUCAGGGAAUCGUACCCAACUCACAGCAAGACGCCUGCUGAGGAGGUCCCGCCUGGGAGCCUUGAUAGGAACGCUCCAAGAGAUGAAUGGAUUGGGGAGGAUAAGGACAAAGAUGGAAGCCUGAGUGGAAACACAGCAAAACCGAGGCUGACCGGGGAUGAGAGAAGGGUAGAGGAGGGAGAAAGAAGGGAGAGCGAGAGACGGCCCUCCGAGCCCCGUCCUCCCAUUCAGCCAGCAUCACCACACCCCCCGAAAGGGGUAAUUAGGCAGAUUGUGGAAUUUGCUCAUCAGAUCGCCAGUUACAUGCACGCAGCAAGGGAGCUCCUCAUAUGGCUUACUUCACAGUUUGUGUCGUCACUGCCUGAUGACAUCAGACCGGGGCCGGACCUGUACGGGUUGUCAUGGGAACCGGUCAUCGUCUCCAGUCUGGUGGGACUGGUGACAAUGCUGUUAUUUACCUGUAGAUGUUAUAGUUCUGUCAAAAGCAGAAUGUAUCGAAGUAAAGAGCGGAGGAUGGCUGAGCAGGUGGCAUUGCUGCUGGAUGAGAAGUGUAAAGUCCUUGAGGAUCUCAGCAAAUGUCAACAAGAGUAUGAUGGCCUUGAGAGCACGCUGAAGGAGACUGGUGUCUUGGCUCAAACUCAAAAGACGGAACAUCUCGAGGUCAAAGCCAGACAGUUGGGACAUGCUAAAAGAGAGCUGGAUAGGGAUCUGGAACAACUGAAGGAUCAACUGGACCGGCAGAGAGAACAAAGGAUAGAGCAGGAAAGGAAGAUAGCUUUGCUUGAAGAAACCAUUAAAACCAGUGAAGAAGAAACCAGAGACCUCCUGUCACAGGACGAGCAGGCACAAACCACCCUGAAAGUGUACAGUAUGAACAGCAAUAGACUACAGGAGAAACUGGAAACAGCUGGAGAGGAGAAGGCACUGCUGCAGGAGAGCAAUGCUCAGUUGAGGCAGGAGGUGGAGGGAUGGGCAGAGAGGGUGAGUGAGUUGGAGGCUGAGAUGAGCAGGUGUGAGGUGGCCCACGGUGCUAUGCUGCAGGACGUGGCCACCAAAGACGAGCGUAUAAUGUCGUUGACCGAUCGGCUGCUGGGGAUGAAGGCUUGGGAUUCGGAUAUGGAGGAGGGGGAAGGUGAAGCAGAGGGCCAGAAGGAGACGUCCAAUGGUAGAGCAGAGGCAAACGGAAAAGCGGAAGUUAAGGGCACACAGGGCCAUCUCCAGAAAGUCCAGAAACUCAUCUACGCUGCAAAGCUGAAUGCGGACCUCAAAGCAGUAGAUGAAGACAAAGACAGACUGUUUGCCAAACUGAAUGAUGAAGUCAAAGCAAAAGAAGAACUGCAAGAGAGCAUCAGGGAGAUGGACAAUGAGAAGUUAUCCCUGCAGUCAGACUCUGAGCAGUACCAAGAUCAGGUGCAAAGAUUACAACAGAAACUCCAGAUCAUGACAGAAAUGUACCAGGAGAAUGAGCUCAAGCUACACAGGCUGCUGACCGUGGAGGAGAAGGAGCGCCUGCAGAAAGAGGAGAAGUUAAAUAAAGCGGACAAAAACAUUGCGUUAGCCAUGGAAGAGCUGAGCAACUACAGACAACGCGCAGCAGAGAUGGAGGAGGAGCUGGAGAAAACCAAACAGUCUUACCAGACUCAAAUAUCAGCACAUGAAAAGAAGGCUCACAAUAACUGGCUGGCAGCCCGGGCAGCAGAAAGAGACCUGGCCGACAUCCGGAGAGAGAACAGCCUUUUCCGACAGAAGCUGACCGACACUCAGUUUAAGCUCGACGCCCUCGACAAAGAUCCCUACGCCUUGGACAGCUUGGCCAGGCCGCUGCCUUUCAGAGCUGAAAGGUCCCCAUACGGUCCAUCUCCUCUGGGUCGACCUGCAUCUGAAACUAGAGCUUUUUUGUCUCCUCCCACAUUAAUGGACGGCCCGCCUGCUAGACUCUCUCCGAGAGGUGGCCAAGGAGAGCAGGAUCAGAGCGGAGGCCCUCAUUCAGACAGUGGCUCGAGCUCUCCCACGUGGGAGAGGGAUCGCAGGGGCCCCCCGCCAGGCCCCUCCGGGCCCCUUGGACCGCCAGGCUAUAUGUUCCCAGAAUCAGGAGGUCCGAUGUACAGGAGACCACCUGUAGGACCUCUAGGCCCAUUACAUCAUCCCGGUCCUCUCCAUCCCAGGGGUCUCCCCCCGGUACCUCCCCACCCUGCAGACAUGGCGGAUGGCUCCUUCAAAGACGGGCCUGGUGAUCUUGAACACAGAGAGUCUGGUCCUGGGGAUCGAAGGACUCCCCCCGAAGCUGAUCCAAGGAUCGGGGGGGCACCGCCUCCGGGCCACCCAAUGGGCCCCGUGGGCGGCCCCUUCCUUCGUAGAGGCCCCUACGGCCCACCGCCUCCUGACUUCUACCCAACCAGGGGACCUCCGGGCCCUCCCAUGAUGCCGAUGUGGGCUCCUCCACCCCCAGGAAUGAUGUUGCCUCCUCGUUUCCCUCCCGGUGGGCCCAAUGCCCCUCGUCCUUACUACGCUCCCACCAUGCGCCCCCCUCUGCUCGACGGCCACCCACAUCCCUCCAUGGGUCCGCUCCCUCCCCAGCAGGCCGCCUCCUCCCUGUCGCACAGCCAGUCGCCAGAGGAGCACACGCCCCCGCCCGAGGACGUCAUCUGAGCCUUGAGCAACGUGGUGAUGGUCCGAGCCCGGUUGCCGGUAUUGUUUAGUGUGACAGCGACGACCGGAGGGGGUGGGGGUGGUUAUUCAAUGAAGGGGAACCAUCAGCUUCUAGGAAACCAUCAGCAUUCAGAGCCCACUUUGUCACUGUCUGUCUGCUUCCUCUCUUCUUUCUCUCUGUCCAUAUCUUUGUCCGACUAUUCCCUGUGAAGUAGUUCCUGUUGCUGUGGAGUCACAUGGUCAGAGUCACAUGGUCAGCAACAGGAUCACGGCAGCCGUGAGUGUGCGUGUGUGCGGGCGUGAACCAGAGACAGUUGCUUGUUGGCUUGAUAAUGCCAGAAAGCCUUUUAAUGGCUCUGAGGUUGAAAUGUGCAUGUUUCAGAGAGUAGAGGGCUUUAAUUGUUGUAUCAUUCGUUUCAUCCUGACGGUGCAGAGAGAGAGAGAGAGAUUUAAAAAAAAUAAAGCUAUUUAGCAUCUCUGUGGGUUUUGACCAAGAUUGGACUCUAAAUAUUCCCCAAACAAGAACGUUACUUAAGAUUGGAUUAAAUUGCAUAACUGAAUCACCCCGGCUUCCCAGUGGGAGUUGUAGGAUUUAGCCCCCAUCAACGGAGCUGUGGUUUCAGACAGCAGCAACUCAAACUUGUGGUUACAUAAGCCUGAAACGAGAGGCUCUUGGUAGCUGGUGACUCAGAGCGUUGAGUCCAGUUGACCGACUGGAAGAUAUCACCCUUGUGAAUUUUGUAAAAAGUGAUAAUUAACAGAUGAAUAAAGACUUGAAAGAUUGAAACGGUGUUGAAUUUAUUC